UUCGGCCCUCGACCUCGCCGUUUACCCGGGCAAAUUCGCUCGAGCGAAGCCUCUGUUUCGAUCGGUCUAGGCUCGCUUGAGUUGAGCCCGCAUUCACUUGGAAUCUGACUCGGGUGCGGCUCGAUUUUGAUCAGCUCCCGGGCCGAAUUCGAUGGAGCCGACAGCUCUAACCCUAGCCGGAUCCGCCGACGCCGCGCUGGAGUCGCUCCUCCCCGAGGACAUCCGGCGCCUGAUAGCCCCGCCGCCGGAGAGCGCAAGUUCCUUCACGGCGCUCCUCGAGCUCCCCCCGACCCGGGCCCUCGAGCUCCUCCACUCGCCCGAGGCGCCUAAUUCGCCGGGCGUCGCCGUCUCCGGCGAACCCGCGAGGCCGUACCUGCACUGCCUCGGCGGCGGCGGUUUCCCUUUCUACAUGGAUUCUGACCUCGUAGAGCGCGCUGCGAGGUACUCCGUCUUGGUCGGAGAGAAGAGCGACUCUCUGGAAACGAGCUCGCAGAAGGUGAAGAACGAGCCGCUGACGGAGUCCGACUCGAACCACAACUCGUCGCCGCAGCCGUUGGUGUCUGAUCCGACGGUGGAAAACAAGGGGCAGAGACCGCCGAAGAGGAAAGACCGAGAGAAGAAGGCGAAAGGGUCGGCGAAAAAGAGCAAGAAUGAGAGCUCGGAAGCUGCAGAGGAGCUUCCUUACGUCCACGUCCGAGCUCGUCGCGGUCAAGCCACCGAUAGCCAUAGCUUAGCAGAGAGGGCGAGAAGAGAGAAAAUAAAUGCUCGGAUGAAGCUGCUACAGGAGCUCGUCCCCGGCUGCAGCAAGAUAUCCGGUACAGCUUCGGUGUUGGAUGAAAUCAUUAAUCAUGUGCAAUCUUUACAGCGCCAAGUUGAGAAAGCAUUAAGGUGCUGUGGCAUAUGGAGCUUCAUAAGCCUCGGACAAAGUCUCCUGUCAAUGAGACUUGCGGGAGUUAACCCAAGGGUUGAUUUCAACAUGGAUAGCAUUUUUGCAGCAGAUAGCGUGUCUCUGGUAGACAGUAAUUUUCCCAGCAUGGUUAUGCCACCCAUGUGGCCUGAAGUCCAGGUGAAUGGAAGCAGACAGCAGUACCACCAGCAAUGGCAGUUUAAUUCACUUCCGCAGCCAGUUUGGGGAAGGGAACAAGACAAUCAUAAUUUUGUCACCCCAGAGAAUUCUCUAUUGAGUUACGAUUCUCCAGCAAAUUCAGUGUCUUUGCACUCUCGAGCAACCGAAAUUGGAGCUAUGAAGGUGGAUUGAGGGUCUACUCGUAGUCUUAGUAAUUAGUGUAUAUAUUAGCAAGAUAUAAGGUUUACCACUUUAGCAGGAAAUAGGAGGCGUCAGAUUCCAUUUAACCAGGGUUUCCACGCUUCUACCUCAGUCGUCUUCUAAUUUUGGUCCUAUGAAUUCUUAUAAUUUAGCAGCGGAAGGAAACCCGCAUUUCUCCCAAAUUGGAGUACAAAAUUCCGUAUGCAGUCCGCAUAUCUGUGCGUAUAUCAUUCGCUAACUCUGAGGAUGAGUAAGUCAGCGAGUCUUCAUGAGAAGAUAAGACUGAUCCACAUUGUACAAUGACAGAACCUCUAAACUAUGAUGGAAGUAAGAUUCCGUGCCGUGAUGCAUAUUUGCCUA